AUGCUCGCUGGGGCGCUAAAGCCAGCAGGCCUGCAGCAGCAGCAGCAGCAGCAGCAGCAGCAUCGAGUGCAGCAGCAGCAGCAGCAGCAGCGAGUGCAGCAGCAGCAGCACCUCCCGCGAGCGAAGCUGCUGCUGCCUCUGCUGCUGCUCCUCUUCAGCCUGUGGGGCCCCCCCUGGGUUCUGACCCAAGGGGGGCCCCUGGAGGGGCCCCCUCAGGGGCCCCUCCAGGGGCCCCCUUUGCUGGCAGCAGCUUCACUGCUGCAGCAACGCGGUGCCCACUAUUUGCUGCUCCGCGGCGUCUACAGCAGCAGCAGCAGCAGCAGCUGCAGCAGCAGCAGCAGCUGCUGCUGCGGCAGCCUGCAGCGCCGUCGCACUGCCCUAGACUGCCCCGCGGGCUUCAUAACAAAUCUGGGGCCUCUAGUGACUGAGGGGGGCCCCCAAGGGGGGCCCCCUUACCCCCAAGGGGGGCCCCCUUACCCCCAAGGGGGGCCCCCUUACCCCCAAGGGGGGCCCCCUUGCCCCGAAAGGGGGGCCCCCUGCCCGUUGGGGGCCCCCCAGACCCUCCCGGGGGCCCCUCCUGCGCUGUGGGGCCGGCGGCGGGGGCCCCCCGAGCAGCAGGGGGGCCCCCGGGGCCCCCAGGGGGGCCCCCAGGGGGGCCCCCAGGGGGGCCCCCAGGGUACCCUGGGGGCCCCCUGGGACCGCGCAGCAUUUGUUAAGGGCCUUCGCCCCAAACUGCAGGCUUGUGUAGAAGCCCUGCAGCAGCACUUCCUCGCCAUUGGCAGUCUACAGCUAACGUAA